AGUAACAUCAAAUUCAACUAUUUUAUAAUUUGUAUGGCAACACGCUCCCUGUGUUGUGUGUGACACUGUCACUCACUCUGCAAAUAAGGGGCAUCUUCAUCAUCACCAUGGGAACGACAACAACUCCUCUUUCGCACACAGUUAGCGUCUUCAACAUUCCUCGCUCCGCCACCGCCAAGGACCUUCUCCACUUCCUCGAAUCCAAGGUGGGUACUUCCACCGUCUUCGCCCUCGAAAUCUUCUCCGACAACGCCAACUGGAAGUCCCGCGGCGCCGGCCGCGUCCAGUUCGAGACCCUCGACGCUAAGUCCCGCGCCCUAUCUCUCUCCAACCUUCAACAACUGCUCAUCCACUCCCACUUCCUCCGCCUCUCCGAUACCUCCGAAGACAUCAUCUUCCGCCCCCUCCACCGCCUUCAAAAUGGUGUCCUCUACGCCGGCAUCAUGCUCUCCGACCACCGCAUGAGCGUUCUCGACUCCUGGGAGGGCGUUGCGGGGUUGGUAGUGGCCCAAAGGAGGAGGCUUGACUUCUUGGUGUGGCAUGAUGGCGACUGUUACCGACUCGAGAUUUUUUUUGAGGAUAUUUUGGAGUGUCAUGGCUAUUGUUUGGGAGAAGAAGCCAAACUCAAUGCCAUUCUCUUGAAGCUUAAAUUUGGGCCAAGGAUUUACAAGAAAAAGACGGGGCCAGAUGUGGCAACCAAGUUUAAGAGUGAUAGGUACCAUUUUUGUAAGGAGGAUUCUGAGUUUCUUUGGGUGCGGACGACUGACUUUUCGGCUCUGAAGUCAAUUGGGCACUCUACUUCAUUUUGUUGGGAAAUUGAGGAAGAACAUUUGGCUUCGGAUGUUUUUACAAGUUUCCCGCUCUACAAGGAAAAUAUGACAGAUUUGGCUCUGGAGGAUGGGGAAGAAUUCUGUUCUUCCACGGAAGCAGUUCCUCUUGUAAAGUGUGCGUCGCAAUCCAAGUUACCUUACGAGGCCCUUUUCCAGUUGAAUUCUCUUGUUCAUACUCAGAAAAUUAGUCUUGCUUCGGUGGAUGAUGAAUUGAUUGACCUUUUGGGAGGCUUAGAUGAAGAAAUUAGAGCUGUGAUUUUUCAGAAAUUGCACCAGAUGGGCUUCACUUGUUAUGAGCCUCUUAAAUUCGUGAAGACUCAGUUGCAUGUGCUGAGUAAUAAGAAAAAAAGUCCACCACAAUCUUCACAGAAAAGAUUGACAGAUAAUAACAUUAUGAGCUGUCAUAGAGCCUUGAUUACCCCAACGAAGAUUUAUUGCCUUGGUCCUGAGCUUGAAACGUCAAACCAUGUGGUAAAGCAUUUUGCAUCCUAUGCUUCAGACUUCAUGAGGAUUACCUUUGUUGAAGAGAAUUGGAAUAAGCUUCCAAAUUAUGCAGUAUCGACUGGUGUGCAAAAGGGAAUAUUUUCAAAGCCUUCUAAAACUGAAAUAUAUAAUCGAAUAUUGACUAUUCUUCGAGAUGGGAUUGUUAUUGGAUCAAAGAGAUUUGAGUUCCUGGCCUUCUCUGCUAGUCAGCUGCGAUCAAAUUCUGUUUGGUUAUUUGCUUCUAAUGACAAUUUGAAAGCAACAGAUAUCAGAGAAUGGAUGGGAUGCUUCAACAAUAUCCGCAGUGUUUCUAAAUGUGCAGCGAGGAUGGGUCAGUUGUUCAGUUCUUCCAUGCAAACUUUUGAAGUGUCCCCUCAAGAUGUUGAGAUAAUUCCAGAUAUUGAAGUUACCACUGAUGGUGUAAGCUAUUGUUUCUCAGAUGGUAUCGGAAAAAUUUCCCAAUCUUUUGCUAGGCAAGUUGCUCAAAAGCUCAAGUUAGAUCAUAGUCCUUCAGCAUUUCAAAUUCGGUUUGGAGGAUUUAAAGGUGUCAUUACUGUUGAUCGCCAUUCCUUUAGGAAGUUAUCAUUGCGCAGAAGCAUGCUGAAGUUUGAAUCCAAAAAUAGGAUGCUUUGUGUCACUAAAUGGAGUGAGUCAAUGCCUUGCUUUCUCAAUCGAGAGAUUAUAUCCCUGCUGACUACCUUAGGAGUAAAGGACGAAGUGUUUUUGGCAAGGCAACAGGACCAAUUGAAUUUGUUGGGAAGGAUGUUGACUGAUAGUAAGGCAGCUUUGGAUGUUUUGGAAAGUUUGAACGGAGCUGAUUCAAGGAGCAUUUUAGUGAAGAUGUUGCAUGAAUUUAAUGAGCCAAACAGUGAGCCUUACCUAUCUAUGAUGCUUAAGGCUUACUAUGCAUACCAAUUAUCUGACUUGAAAAGUAGAUGCCGAAUAUUUGUUCCCAAGGGUCGGGUCUUAGUAGGUUGCUUGGAUGAAACUGGUAUCUUGAAUUAUGGUCAAGUAUUUGUUCGUGUAACGGUGAAAAAAACUACGGAAAACUUUGAUGACAACUUAAGGAAAGUGGAUGACGAUGAUAGCACACGUAUAGUAGUGGGAAAGGUGGUGGUCACGAAAAAUCCUUGUCUUCACCCUGGAGACGUAAGAGUCCUUGAUGCUAUCUACAAUGAAGAAUUAGAGGAAAAGGGUUUGAGGGAUUGCCUUGUAUUUCCACAAAACGGACAUAGGCCCCAUCCAAAUGAAUGCUCUGGAGGUGAUCUCGAUGGAGAUUUGUUUUUCGUAAGCUGGGACAAAGAUCUAAUACCAUGUCAAACCGAGGCUCCAAUGGACUACACAGGACGUAGUCCUCGUAUAAUGGAUCAUAAGGUGACCCUAGAGGAAAUCCAACAAUUUUUCGUGGAUUACAUGAUCAAUGAUACUUUGGGUGCUAUCUCCACCGCGCAUCUAGUUCACGCUGAUCGUGAACCAGAUAAAGCCAAGAGUAGAAAAUGUCUGGAGUUAGCAGAGCUUCACUCCAUGGCUGUUGAUUUUGCAAAGACCGGAGCACCUGCUGCAAUGCCAAGAGUUUUGAAACCAAGAGAGUUUCCAGAUUUCAUGGAGAGGGUGGACAAGCCUAUGUACAUCUCCAAGGGGGUACUAGGAAAACUUUAUCGUGCUAUAAUUGAGUCUCAACUGCAAAUAAAAUAUAGUUUUGUUUGGUCACAGAAGCUUGCUGAAGAAGCAUAUGAUCGCAGCUUUGAAGUGAAUGGUUUUGAGGCCUUCCUUGAGACAGCCUCAAGUCAAAAAGAAAUGUACGCAGAGAAGAUGAGCAGUUUGAUGAACUUCUACGGUGCCGAGACUGAGGAUGAAAUGCUACUUGGUAACUUGCAAAACCGUGCUUCAUAUUUGCAGCGUGAUAACAGGAGAUAUGGUGAUAUGAAAGAUCGGAUUCUGCUCUCAGUGAAGAAUCUUCAGUGCGAAGCUAAAGAAUGGUUUGAAACUAGUUGCCAACCGCACGAAUAUCGUCCUAUGGCUUCUGCAUGGUAUCAUGUGACCUAUCACCCCAGCUAUUAUUGCCAAGAAAGAUCGUGUUUUCUUAGCUUCCCAUGGAUAGUUGGUGAGAUUUUGUUGCAGAUAAAGUCUACAAAUAAAGUAGUUCAAGGAUGAAGGCUUCCUCUGAUGCUGUGUGCAUAAGAUAACAAGUCUAUGCAAACGUGUUGAUAUAAGGUGCCACCUUGUCCGAGACAUUUUGGCAAAGUUAUUGUUAUAUUAUUUGACAUUAUAAAUAUUUACUAGCUGUACUUGCAAAUCUGGUGUCAUUGACUUGAUGUUUAUAUGUAUAUAUAGAGCUAUCACAUGGAGGGUUAUUUCUUAUUGUAUAGCAACAAUCUCAAUGUACAUUUUUUUUUAAAA